AUGUUGGUUCAUACGAGGGAGAAACUCUUUUGUUGUUCUGAGUCCAGUGAGCGAUUUUAUCAGGAGUACAACUUGAAACAUAACCGUGUAGAUCAGAAAGAAGAGAAACCAUUUAUCUGCACUGUAGGCAGUAAAAAAUUUGAUGAGGAUUUUCAUCUAACCAAACACAUGUCGAUUCGUACGCAAGAAAAAUGCUUCAGCUGUCCUGAAUGUGGUAAAAAAUUUAAACAGAAGUGUAAUCUGACACGCCACAUGUCACACCACAGAGGAGAGAGACCCUAUAGCUGCUCAGAAUGCAGUAAAAUGUUUGUAGAAAAAUCCAAACUGGCACGUCACAUGUCACUUCACACAGGAGAGAAACUCUUUAACUGCUCCCAUUGUGGUAAAAAAUGUAACCGUAAAGAAAAUCUUACGAGACACAUGAAAGUUCACACAGGAGAGAAACCCUACUGUUGCUCUGAGUGUAGUAAGACCUUUAAACAAAAGGCCAGUCUGUUUUGUCACAUGACACUUCACAGAGCAGAGAAACCCUUCAACUGCUCUCAUUGUGGCAAAAGAUUUAACCGAAAAGAAAACUUCACGAGACACAUGAAAGCUCACACGGGAGAGAAACCCUACAGCUGCUUUGAAUGUGGUAAAAGUUUUAACCAGAAAGUAAAUCUUAUUGCCCACAUGAGAAUUCACACCGGAGAGAAACCCUUUAUCUGCUCUGUUUGCAGUAAAAGUUUUAAUUAUGAACCCAAUCUGAUCAAACACAUGAGAAUUCACACAGGAGAUGAACUCUACAGCUGCUCUGACUGUGGCAAAAGUUUUAGAGAAAAAUCUAGCCUGACCAGGCACACGUCACUUCACAGAGGUGAGAAACCCUUUAACUGCUCAGAGUGCGGCAAAAGAUAUAACCAUGACAGCAGUCUGAAACGUCACAUGGCACAUCACAGACAGGAGAAACCCUUCAGCUCACUGUGUGUUGGAGAUGAGACUUCACAUCUUCAUCCAAACCAAACCGAGUUGGCAGGAGAGACAGAAACAGGAGCCAGUGUGGGAUAUUGUGAAGCACGAGAACCAGCCAGAGAUUUUGAUGAGGUCAAGACAGAAGACUCUUUUGAACCUGAAAUUGAAAAUAACGAUGAUUAUUGGAAGGAGACCGGAGAACAUCAUUAA